AUGCUCUCACGGCCUGCAUAUUCUUUCUCUACCUCUUCCAUCACUGGGGAGCUCAAGACAGAUGCUACGCGAGGACUCGAUCAAGAUGAAGCUGCAGCGCGGCUUCUCCAAUUUGGACGGAAUGAACUCGAGAAAGUUGGUGGAGUAUAUCCGAUUAAGAUCCUGAUCCAUCAAACUGCAAACGCCAUGACCCUGGUUCUUAUCCUCGCCAUGGCGGUGAGCUUCGGAAUCGGAUCCUGGAUUGAAGGUGGUGUCAUUGCGUUUGUUAUCCUCCUGAACAUCACUGUUAGUUUUUUUCAAGAUUACAGCGCCGAAAAAACAAUGGAGUCUUUGAGGGCCCUUUGUUCUCCGACCGCAAAGGUAGUCAGGGAUGGCGAGACGAAAACAGUAGUCACAGCCGAAAUUGUACCUGGGGAUCUGGUAGAGAUGAGGAUGGGAGAUCUUUUGCCCGCCGAUGUCCGACUCCUGGAGGCUGUCAACUUUGAGGUUGAUGAGGCAUUCUUGACCGGAGAAUCUUUGCCGAUCAGAAAGGACCCGGUGGUAACCUUGGACAGUCCCGUUGGACUCGGAGAUCGUAUCAAUAUCGCAUACGGUUCGUCAAGAGUUACAAAGGGUCGAGCCACCGGAGUUGUUUUUGCCACCGGGAAAUACACUGAAGUUGGAGCAAUUGCCUCUGCCCUGCGAGACAAAUCUCGCACGCAAGCCCAGAAUGACAUCGACAAACGACGCGGUUUACUGAAAUACUUAACUUCAUGGAGCGCUUUCUUGAAGGAGCUUAUCGGGCGGUUUCUGGGUACGUCGGGUGGCACGCCACUUCAGCGGAAGCUUUCCAAGCUGGCCCUAUUUCUCUUCGUCUCUGCCAUUGUCUGCGCUAUUAUUGUGCUUGCGGUCAACAAAUUCUCCAACGAGCGAGAGGUGGUUAUCUACGCUGUCGCGACCGGGCUCAGCAUGAUCCCGGCAUCGCUGAUCGUUGUCCUUACGAUUACAAUGGCGGCCGGGACCCGAAGGAUGGUUGCUAGGAACGUUAUUGUGCGGAACUUGAGAUCGUUAGAGGCCUUGGGCGCGGUAACAAACAUCUGCUCCGAUAAGACAGGAACGCUCACACAAGGCAAAAUGACAGUCAAAAAUGUGUGGAUUCCAUCCAAAGGAGAAUACACUUUUUAUACCAGUGAAAAAUCUCAAAACGCAACCGCUGCCGAGAUUGAAUUCCGUUUGCAGCUUGCCGAGAGCCAAAAGGACGAGUCUUGCAGUUGUGGACCCGAUGCCUUGGACAUACACUGGGAGAGCUUUAUCGAAGUAGCAAGCCUUGCGAACGUUGGCCCAAUCCACCUGGGCCAAGACGGGAGAUGGAUGGCUCGAGGAGAUCCAACCGAGAUCGCCAUCCAGGUCUUCGCGGCCCGAUUCACCAGGAACCGUAUAUCUCUAACCUCCGGAGACGACGCACGAUGGAAGCAUCUCACAGAGUUCUCCUUUGACUCUGAAACCAAGCGCCUCACAGUCGUGUACCAGCACUCAGAUUCUGGUGAAAUCCACGUGUUCUCGAAAGGUGCCGUCGAAAAAAUUAUCAUGCUUUGUACGAAAAUAUAUUUGAAUGACAGUCUGCCCCCGACCUCACUAACGCCCAUGAUCCGCCAGAACAUCAUGGACACCAUGAAUGCGAUGGCUGCGCGUGGUCUCCGCGUCCUUGCCCUCGCAAGCGGCGUACAUGACGGGUCGAUCAACGAUCUUCAUCGAGCUGAUCGCGAUCAGGUCGAAACAGAUCUCAUUUUCAGAGGGCUGAUCGGCAUUUACGAUCCUCCUCGUCCUGAAUCUCUUUCGGCGGUGCGAUUAUGCCACGACGCCGGGAUAGUAGUGCAUAUGCUUACUGGGGACUUCGUUGGCACCGCCAAAGCUAUUGCUGAAGAAGUCGGUAUCCUACCAGAGCGAAUGCAUCUACUUAGCAAGGAUAAAGCGGACGCGGCCGUCAUGACAGCUGAUCGUUUCGAUGGCUUGACAGAUGCUGAAAUUGAUCGACUUCCAAUGCUACCAUUGGUGAUCGCUCGCUGCACACCAACCACCAAAGUCAGAAUGAUUAAGGCAUUGCAUCGUCGCAAGGGGUACGUGGCUAUGACUGGAGAUGGCGUGAACGACUCCCCUUCAUUGCAGUAUGCCGAUGUUGGGAUCGCGAUGGGCUCCGGCUCAGAUGUCGCGAAAGAAGCCUCCGACAUUGUACUCACGGAUGAUAACUUCGCGUCCAUUGUGAGCGCAGUUGAAGAGGGAAGACGCAUAUCCGACAACAUCCAGAGGUUCAUCCUGCACGUCCUUGCCGAGAACAUUGCACAGGCAUGCACUCUCCUCAUUGGCCUAGUUUACAGAGAUGGCAAAGGGCAUUCCGUAUUCCCAUUGUCCCCAGUUCAAAUCAUUUGGAUUAUCAUGGCGACAUCUGGCAUGCCCGACAUGGGACUUGGGUUUGAGCCAGCUGCGAAGGAUAUUUUGAAGCGCCCUCCACGUAGCCUUAAAAAGGGCAUCUUCACCGCCGAGUUCUUAAUCGACAUGAUGGUGUAUGGACUCUGGGUAUCUGCGCUCUGUCUUACUGCCUUCACCCUUCGCAUUUAUGCAUUCGGAGACGGCCAACUUGGAGAUAAUUGCAACAAUGUGUUCAGCGAAGUGUGCACCACCGUAUACCGUGCACGAGCAACAUGCUUCGCCUGUCUCACAUGGUUUGCUUUGUUUCUUGCCUGGGAACUGGUGGACUUCCGCCAAAGCUUCUUCGAACUAAAGCCAUGGAGCCAUAACACGCCAUUUUUUGUUGUUCGGGUCUGGAGAAACCAGUUUCUAUUCUGGGCAGUCAUUCUGGGAUUUUUCACGGUCUUUAUAACUUUAUACAUCCCAGUGAUCAACCACAAGAUCUUUAAGCAGAGUGAGAUAUCAUGGGAGUGGGCAAUUAUAUUUAUAGCCGGACUUUGGUUCUUCGUUGGCGUGGAGCUAUGGAAAUGGGGAAAAAGAGUCUGGUUUCGGAGGUCAACACGCAAGAACCAGCAAACUCCUAUGUAA